AUGGACCGCUCACGCCUCGUAUGGCGCUCACUUAUUGCCGCUACGCCCGCGCGCACCCAGAUUCGAGCUUCACAAUGGAUCUGCCAUCGCUGCCUCCACCGCCAGACUCCCUCCCGUCGGCCAACGCCUUCCCAACUCCUACGCAACACUCGUCAAAAGGGUCAACGCCGCCACAAUAGCAGCAACGCCAAACACGAUCAACCCGGCGACGACCCGAACUUCGUCGGUUUAGCAGAUACUCCUCCUGUCCUGAUCCGCGCGGGCAGGAAACACAACCUCUACGGUCUAGCUUUCCUGGCCACAAUUCCCAUUACGGCGUUCAUUCUCGGCUGUUGGCAGGUUCAGCGACUUUCAUGGAAAACAGAGCUCAUAGCACGUUUUGAAGAUCGUCUCAUUCGAGAUCCUCUGCCAUUGCCUCCGAGGAUAGAUCCGGAUGCAAUCAAGGAUUUUGACUAUCGACGUGUAUACGCAAAAGGAAAGUUCGAUCAUAGGCGGGAGAUGCUCAUUGGACCGAGGAUCAUGGAUGGAGAGGACGGAUAUCUCGUGAUCACGCCAUUGGUGAGAGACGGAGAUAAAGGGAACACAAUAUUGGUAUGCAGAGGUUGGAUACCAAAGGAUAAAGCGCCGCAGUCGAAGAGACCUGAGGGACUCGAAGAUGGAGAAGUGGUAGUAAAGGGCCUGUUGAGAGAACCAUGGAAGAAGAACAUGUUCACUCCGGACAACGUGCCCGAAGAGGGAGUGUGGCAUUUCCCAGAUGUGGCACAAAUGGCAGAGUGGAGUGGGAGCCAAGCCGUGUGGAUCGAAGAGACCAUGAAAAACGACUUGCUCGAGUCAUAUAGGAGGAUGGAGAAGGGAAUCCCGAUCGGGCGACCUGCGGAGGUGAAUUUGAGAAACAAUCAUACCCAGUAUAUCUUCACAUGGUUCUCAUUGAGUCUGGCGACCACGAUCAUGAUGUGGAUGGUCGUGAGAAAGCGGCCGGGAGGCGGUGCAAGGGCGGCGGGAAGGUCAGUGAGGAGGAACGGAUGAAGAAAGUAAAGGGAUCGCAGUGAGAGACGUGAAGCGUGAAGAGGUAAAAUUCUUGGCUCGAUCUAUCAUAUCAGCAAGCCGAUGCAAUAACGAAGAAUCCUUUU